CGUGCGCACGCGCGGCGUCACGUGGUGCAGGCGAUGGCGGCGGCGGGGGAGCCCGGGGCGGGGGGCGCCGCGGAGGAGGCUUUCCUCACCUUCUACAGCGAGGUAAAGCAAAUUGAAAAACGAGACUCUGUUCUGACAUCUAAAAACCAAAUUGACAGGCUGACUCGACCUGGAUCUUCCUACUUCAACCUGAACCCUUUUGAGGUCCUGCAGAUGGAUCCUGAAGCCACAGAUGAAGAGAUAAAGAAAAGGUUCCGGCAGUUGUCCAUAUUGGUGCAUCCAGACAAGAACCAGGACGAUGCAGACAGAGCCCAGAAGGCAUUUGAAGCUGUAGAUAAAGCAUACAAGUUGCUGCUGGAUCAGGAGCAGAAGAAGAGGGCCUUGGAUGUGAUACAGGCAGGAAAAGAAUAUGUGGAACACACUGUGAAAGAAAAAAAGAAGCAGUUGAAGAAGGAUGGAAAACCUCCUACUGUAGAAGAGGAUGAUCCUGAAGUUUUCAAACAAGCUGUAUACAAACAGACAAUGAAGCUUUUUGCUGAACUGGAAAUCAAGAGAAAAGAAAGAGAAGCAAAAGAAAUGCAUGAAAGGAAGCGACAGAGGGAAGAGGAAAUUGAGGCACAAGAGAAAGCCAAACGAGAGCGAGAAUGGCAGAAGAACUUUGAGGAAAGUCGAGAUGGUCGUGUGGACAGCUGGAGAAAUUUCCAGGCCAAUACAAAGGGGAAGAAGGAAAAGAAGAACAGGACCUUCCUGAGACCUCCCAAAGUAAAAAUGGAGCAGCGCGAAUGAUCCCGGCAGCACUGCCCGAGUGCAGCUCCUCACUUCCCUCCCUGCUUUUAAGGACUCAUUGGCACCUAGAGUAAGAAUUGCUUUUUAGUAGACUCUUUGUUUCCAGUACAAUUAAUUAUUGGUCAAAGUAUUUUUUGUACUCUGUCCAUCUGAACUAGGGCCAUAGUAGGAACUCGGCCAGGAGCCCGCUCCACGUAGAACCCUUGGCUUAGGAGGGUGCCCCCCUGCUGUCCUGUUUGUCUGCUGCCCUGUAACUUGAUGUUUUGUACUUCACGGAUUGUGCUGUUUCACCACUUCCAUUUCUAGCCUGAGAGCUGAACAAAAUGUUGGGAAUGCAUCCCUCCCUUCCCAGGCAUCGUCAUGCUCAGCAAGUUCAGCUUUGGAACGGCUGAGCCGACCCUGGGAGUCUGCUCCCAGCGCUGUGCAGUGCAGCUGACCUGCGGCUCCAGUCCUGCAGCUCCUCACUGAACUGAGUGGUGCUUGGAAGAGCCCUUCCCCACGAUCUGAUUUGCAAACUAAAAUCCCAGCUCUCAGGCUCAGACUUCUGUUAACCUCAGACCAAGUGUUCCCUUGCUGCAGAGGAGCAGUAACCUCUCCUGACGAUUAGUUGAGUUGCGAUGGUCUGUAUGUAAAAUAAAUUUUUACCCAAGUAACCUU